GCUCCGAUAUGCCGGCGGCGCACGAGAGCGAGAUGGGUCGGCGGCAUCAGGAGACGCGGGUGGGCGACCUCCCGGAGGAGUGCCUGGCGCAGGUGAUCGCGCUCACCUCCCCGCGCGACGCCUCCCGCUGCGCCGCCGUCUCCCCGGCCUUCCGCGCCGCCGCGGACUCCGACGACGUCUGGCGCCGCUUCCUCCCCGCCAGGCUAGAGCUCGACCACCUCGUCCUCCAGGCUCCCCGCCGUCAGCAGGCGGCCACCAGCAGGAAGGACGCCUACCUCGGCCUCUGCGACGCCGCCGGCGCCUUCGCCGGCGGCGGCAUGAAGGUGUGGCUGGAGAAGGCGACCGGCGCCAGGUGCUACGCGCUGUCGGCCAGGCGGCUCAGCCUGCCCUGGGACGACGGCGAGUUCAGCUGGAGGUGGACGCCACACCCGCUCUCCAGGUUCCCGGAGGUGGCGGAGCUGGUGGACUGCACGUGCCUCGACAUCUACGGGACCCUCCCGGCGGCCGCGCUCACGCCGGGGACGCCCUGCGCGGCGUACCUGGUGUACGGCACGUCCGAGGGCGGCCACCGCGGCCUGAGCUACCCGGACCAGGAGACGGCGGUGGCGGUGGGCGGGCGCGUCGUCGCGCGCCACGCCGUGUGCCUGCGCCCCGACGACGCCGAGGCGCGCAAGUUCAGGGGCGGCGGCGAGGAGGCGAGGCGGCCGAGGCUGCGGGAGGACGGGUGGUGGGAGGUGGAGAUGGGGCGGCUGGGCGGCGCAGCGACGACGAGCGCGGCCGGCGACGGGGAGGAGGAGGUGACGGCGAGCUUCGAGGUGCUGGGGUGGUACCCCAAGCGCGGCCUCGUCGUGGAGGCCAUCGAGUUCAGGCCAUGCCCGCCCUCUAGCUAGUGACUACCGCGGCAGCAUUCCAUUUCUCGUGCGCGUGCUAGCUCCAUCAUCAACUCGAUUGUCGAUUGCCCAUCGACCACCAAUAAUCGCCCAGAUGCCUGUUCAUGGACGCCGCCGUCGUGCAUGACCCUGACGAGCUUAAUUACGCCCAACAGCGACGGGAACCAUUUUCCCUGGCGAUUGCCGCGCGCUCAUUAAUUUGGAGGUGCCGUCGCUGACACGACCUCCGCUUCGCCCCCCAUUAAUUCCC